UGACGUAGGAAGCGGCUCGGACAGCUGUACCGUCGCUGUUGUUGCUUUCCAGGGUGGUUGAAGCGGGCCUCUUUUGGCCGGAGUGGCGCAUGCGCUGUCCGUGGCUUCGCUUUCCCGGGCGCAGCAUGAGGGGAGCCGGCUUGGAGUUGCGGGUUAACUGGAACAAGAACGACUGACAAUAUAUCUGUCUUAAGCCCUUAAAUUCUGUUCAAUAUGGCUAGAAGCAUCACUGAUACAGGGGAGCUCUACUCUCCUUAUGUUGGCUUGAUUUAUAUGUUCAACCUCAUAGUUGGCACAGGAGCUCUAACUAUGCCAAAGGCCUUUGCUGCUGCUGGUUGGCUUGUCAGCCUUAUUUUAAUAAUGUUCUUGGGAUUUAUGAGCUACAUGACAACAACUUUUGUAAUGGAGGCCAUGGCUGCAGCUAAUGCUCAGCUUCACUUAAAGAGAAUGGAAAAGCACAAGGAAGAUAAUAAUGAUGAAGAAGAUUCUUCAUCUGAAGUUUCUGAUAGUGAAGUUCUCCCAGAUGUCUAUGAACGAUCAGAAACACGGCCUAUUCUAUCUGUGCAGAGACGAGGACCACCUAAUAUUUUUGAAAUCACCGAAAGGGUAGAAAUGGGUCAGAUGGCCUCCAUGUUCUUCAAUAAAGUGGGAGUAAAUUUGUUUUACUUCUGUAUAAUCAUCUAUUUAUAUGGUGAUCUGGCAAUCUAUGCAGCUGCUGUCCCAGUUUCUCUCAUGCAAGUGACUUGUACUAUGACUGGCAAUCAUUCAUGCAAUGUGGAAGAUGGGACAAAGUAUAAUGACACAGACAAAUGCUGGGGGCCGAUCAGGAGGAUUGAUGCUUACAGGAUUUAUCUGGCAGCAUUUACUCUUCUUUUGGGCCCUUUCACCUUUUUUAAUGUACAGAAAACUAAAUAUCUUCAGAUCAUGACAUCGCUAAUGAGGUGGUUAGCAUUCAUCAUCAUGAUCAUUGUGGCCCUCCUCCGCAUCGCCAAGGGUCAAGGGGAAGGUCAUCCCCCUCUGGCUCAGCUCUCAGGAGUUCGGAACCUCUUUGGAGUCUGCGUUUAUUCCUUCAUGUGUCAGCACUCCCUGCCAUCCCUCAUCACUCCCAUCUCUAAGAAGAAGCAUGUUAACAAGCUAGUCCUGCUGGAUUACGUCUUGAUCCUGGGUUUCUACAGCCUCCUGUCUUUCACUGCUAUCUAUUGUUUCCGCAAUGGGACUCUAAUGGACAUGUACACACUCAACUUCACAAACUGUGACAUUGUCAGCAUUGCAUUUAUCCGCUACUUCCUGGGACUCUUCCCUGUCUUCACCAUCAGUACAAACUUUCCUAUAAUUGCUGUGACGCUAAGAAAUAAUUGGAAAACUCUCUUCCACCGGGAAGGGGGAACCUAUCCAUGGGUAGUGGACAGAAUUUUUUUCCCAGUCAUCACACUAAUUCCUCCAAUUAUUGUGGCUUUCUGUACUCAUGACCUGGAAUCCUUGGUGGGAAUCACUGGUGCCUAUGCUGGAAAUGGGAUCCAGUAUAUCAUCCCGGCUUUUUUAGCAUACUAUAGUCGGAAGGAAACACAAACGACCUUUAGAAAUAGCGCACUAAAUAAACAUUUGUCUCCUUUCCGGCACACCUUCUGGAUUGGGUUUGUGCUGCUCUGGGGGCUUUUUUGUUUUUUGUUUGUGACUGCAAAUAUCAUUUUGAGUGAAACAAAAAACUGAUGGAGCAAUCCACCUAAUAAUGAUAUUUUUACGCUAAUUUAAGAUGAAACUACUUUUAAACUAUUAAUACAAUAUUGAGCUUGAUGCUCAUUUGAGGCACCUUGCUACUUGUUUAGUUACCUUUCAGAUUCUGAUUUUCCAUUUCAUGCGCAAAACAACUGUACCCUAUCCUAUAUCAGGCUGCUAUGACUUUUUAAGCAGGGUAUUUUCCUCUCUAUCGGAAGAUGUCAGAGACUGUUGGAUAUGCAUCUAAUCCCCCAUGAGAUGGAAAAGAUCAGUUUUACUAAAAGUUUUACUUUAGUAGGCAAGCCAAUAACCAAUGACUAAAGCAAGAUCUGACUUACUAAGAUCUGCUUCCCUAAUCAUUCAUAUUCCUUGUGAAGUGGCUUUCUAACCUGCCAAUGCAUUGACUUAGGAGCAAAAUGAAAGCAACUGAUGGAACUUGGUUUCAUAACUUAAUAUUGCAUGAUGUGUGUGGCAACCUAAGCACUCUGCAACGGGUAGAGGAGCCCCACUACUUCCCCUAGUCCUGCCUUGAUUGUUUUCCCCAUUUGUUUUUCAGCCUUUCCAACGCCUUUCCAUAUUGCCUUGUUUCAUAUAAUGCAGUCCUAAGACUGAAGCUUGCCAAGCUUUAAGCUUUGUUGUUAUUUUAUCUCUGAUAUUUCCCUCCUCAUUUGUUUAUGUACAAAAUGAAUCUGAGCAGGAAGUCCUAUCAUGAACUAUAGACUUGGCUGAUACAAAGCCAUCUCUUAAUAAGUAAUAAGGAAUGUUUCCCAGUAUAAUGCUUUGUUUUCUUUUUAUACUGCUAACGGAAUCAUGCUAGUGUCACAGCAGCAGGGCAGGCCCUGUGCUUUCUGUAUGGGUGUGAAAAUGUUGAUUACUUACUAAAGGAAUACUUUGAUAAAAGUGGAGGGCAGCUGAUAUUGUCUUGAUACAGUAUAGUAUGACUAAAUCUAUCUGAAGAAUUUUCUAAAUUUAGGAGGGAGUGGACUAUAGAAAGUGGAAAGAGACUUGUUCUGGCAGCCAUUCCAUCGUCUUUCAGAAUAUUGCAAACGAUGCCUCUUGAUUCUUGCUAAAUCAUGAACUCCAGUCCAUGAAAUCUCAUUUCUCUCUCUCCUUAAACUGAUGAUCACAUCAUAAAAUAUAAAGGUUGAAGGAGACGUUAGAGAAUGUUGAGUCCAAUGCCGUCCCUGGGCAUGAUUCCACACUGCGUAAACACCUCUUGUGAAGUCAGUCAUCAUCUGAAGGAAUCUGUUCCAUUGUUGAGUAGCUCCUACUAUAAGAAAAUUCGGAUGACCCAUUACUAAUUCUUUCCGUUGUUUGCCAUUCUGUCUUCUGAAAUAACUCUGAACAAUGCUGUAAACCUCCCAGCGUCAUUUCCUGUGAGAUGGGUGGCCAUAUAAAUUUGAUUAAUGAAUAAAUAAAUAGAAACAAUUCCCCUUC